AUGGAAGGUAAAGGAAAUGUCGGAUCCUCUUCAUCUUCUUCUUCUUCCUUCACUGCUCAACUCUUUGGCCCCAAGGAACCUUCCUCCUCCUCCAAUUUCAACUCCAUUUUCCCUCCUCCUUCCAAGGGAACAGCAAGAAACAUCAUAAGCUCCAAACACGGGUCCCUAGACCAACGUAAAGAAUCUGCAACCUGCAAUCUAAGUUCAUCUCUUUACUACGGUGGUCAAGACGUUUACUCUCAAUCCACAAACAACCAUACUUACCCUACCGUCAACAAGUCUCAGCCCAGAGAAAAAGAUGAUGCUAGUGGAAACAACUCGCUGGACGCAUCCAGAGGAAACUGGUGGCAAGGCUCGCUUUAUUACUAG